AACUAUAACUCAUCGUGCUAUUUGUGCAUCUGCAUCUGCAUCUGCAAAAGUUUCGCUUUACCCAUUUCGUUCUUUUCCUUCAACUAAUGGAGUUUGAAGAUACAGCCAAAGUAACACGUUUGGUCGUGUUUGCUUUUUGGGCUGUGGUUUUAAUAGGUAUACCCUUUUGGUGGAAAACAACCGAAAUCUAUAGGGCAAACUUGCCAUUUUCUGAAAUAGAAGCCUGGUACAGUAAACAGGCUUGCGAUUUAGUUAUGCCGACACAGUUCACUAUUUUUAUACCAAAAUCCCUAAACAUACAGCAAACAACACUAGACAUCAACGAUAGCCUGAAAAUUGCUUUGAGCAAUAAAAAGUACAACUACAAUUUUCCAAUAGAAGUCAAAGUGGAAGUCGCAGAUGGGUAUGCAGAUACCAAUAAUGUACCUAUUAGCAGCUACUUUAUCCGUAUUGAAAAAGGAGAAAAACAAGAAGCCUUUGUUGGUAAUGACAGAAUCAGCGUUAUGAAACUGAAGGAACUGUCAUCGAGCAGAAUCGCUGAGGCGUUAUCAACAUUUAUCCCAACCGUUUAUUUGGAUGAGAACGAGAAAAUUGGUGGUACAGCAUGCCAUGUAGAUACCAAAACAAAAAAUGACAUUGCUAGUAUGCGUACACUACAGUACUCAUCUAAAUAUGAAACGACGUUCAGUUUGAUGAACAAUAACCCAGAAAAUGUAAAGAUGGAUUGGGAUAUUCGCGAGGCUGUUGACCAAUACUUACAGCCAUUCUUGAACGAAAUUUCUGUUGUAUCCAAUUUUACAAUCAAUUCACAAAUCCAAAAUUAUGCACCUUUGACGUUAAAACCAAAUUACAGAGAAAUAACAGGCAAACCAAACUACUAUUAUUUUCAACCACAACAUUUACCACACUUUGUCAAUUCUGCCGAAUGGAACCUAGCAUCAACUAUCACUUCACAUCUAAGCAUUAACUUCAUUUUAUAUGUGCCUUCUCAAGAAGAGUCACCGUUGCGUAUACAUGAUUCAAAAGACCAACCGUUGCGGACAAAUGCAUUUCUCGUGCCCCGAUGGGGCGGCAUUGUUAUUAAAAAUGCACCAAAAACAGCAAAGGGCGAGUAUAGAUUUACAAGCAACGGCCUUGAGCCCGUUAUGAAAUUGUUUUUAUCACAAUUGAGAGGCUUGAUAGGCAUCCGUGACCAUGAUGAGUCAAUCGCUUCGCUGCCUCAUCUUGACCAAAUUUAUUUCGAGAAUGCUGAAAAGACAGGUAUCACAACUUUGGAAAAAGACAAUUUAAUUCGUAUUAGAACGGUCGAAAAUGUUGUGAAUACCAUUUCUACCCUCAAAUCACUAGCCCAGUUGGUGGAAGAAAUACCUAAUAUGGUAGUAGAAGAUCAUAUUAGCUAUAAAGUGCAUGCCUCUCUCAAUGCCUUAGCAUCCGUUCAUGAAGUAUUGGACGUUGAAAAGGAUUAUAUCAAAGCAUUACAAACAUCAAUCGAGGCUAUUGAGUUGGCAGAAAUGGCCUUUUUUGAUCCCACCAUGGUUUCUAUGCUCUAUUUUCCUGAUGAGCAUAAAUAUGCCAUCUAUAUGCCUUUGUUUGUCCCCAUCUCUGUACCUUUGCUAAUGGCACUCUUGAAAGAGUUGAAGAAAUACAAAGAACAACGAAAGCAGUCUUCAAAGGAUAAAAAAGAAUAAAAGCAUACCAAUUUUAGCAACUUGGUUGUUACUCUAUAUUUGAAAUAGAGUGAUGGAAGCAGUUUUUAUAAAUAUGAACAAAAAAUAAUCAAGGAAGGGAAAGGGAGAAAAUAGAGAAUUUACAAAAGUAUAUUACGAUCUAGGUACAAAAGGUAGGGAGCUAUUAGUAGUAUUUCUUCAUGUAUAGUAAAAACUAUAUUAUAUGUAUAGUUUAAGCCUCCU